CUCCAUUCACAUGUUAAUUAGCCCCUAUAAAUACUAACAACAGCCCCUCAGCGGCGGCAGCGCGUCUCCCCAGGACUGCAGGACAAACACCGGGCGCGGCGCCUGUGAGUUUUUGUGGAAAUCCUCCUGUUUUUUUUCUUCCUUUCUUUGGUUCUGUAACCGGUGCCGUUUGCCAGCAGCCGCGUUCACUGACGGAAUAAAGCGAGACAGCAGCGGGAGAAGCCACUGAAGCGGCGAUCCGACCAACAUGGCCCCCUCGGCUCGGCCCGGCGGCACCGGACUGGAGAUGGAGGAAGAAGACUCGUACUACGGGAUCCAGCGAGGGGACAGAAAGACCCGCAAACCGCUGGUGGAGAAGAAGAGGCGAGCUCGCAUCAACGAGAGUCUGCAGGAGCUGCGGACCCUGCUGGUGGACACGGACUUUCAUUCCAAGAUGGAAAACGCGGAGGUGCUGGAGAUGACGGUGAAGAAGGUGGAGGAUGUACUGAAGAGCCGAACCCAAGAAACGGACGCACUGGGCCGAGAAGCCAGCGAGAGGUUCGCGGCGGGCUACAUCCAGUGCAUGCACGAGGUCCACACGUUCGUGUCCGGCUGUCCCGGCAUCGACCCCACGGUGGCGGCGGAGCUCCUCAACCACCUCCUGGAGUGCAUGCCCCUGAACGAGGACCACCUCCAGGACGUGCUGAUGGACCUGAUCACUGACACUUCCGGGAGCCCCGGCGGCGCCUGGCACGGGGGCGACGAGUCGAUGUGCUCGAGCCCGGCCUCGCCCGGAGGAAGGAGCCUGUGCGGCGGCUCGUCCCCGUCCUCCAGCGCGUCCAGCGAGGACCUCUGCUCCGACCUGGACGAGACCGACAGCGAGCACAACCAGAGCUCCACCGAGGCCUCGGAGAACAGAGAGGCCCUGUGCAUGCCCACCGGGACCUACCCCAGGUCCAUGUGGAGACCCUGGGUAUCCUGGGGCCCGGGGACGUUCCGUGGAGGGGCCCAGGCUUUUCUCUUCUCCCACAACUGAAUGAGGAAAGUUUAAAUCCUGUCUUUGGCCUUCUAGGAAGACGUCCCCUCAGUAGAAAUUCACUUCUCAAGUGGUAAAGGUCGGAGUUUUCCUUUAUCCCCUAAAAGGGGCCCUUCCUCUGAAGCCCCCCCCCCUCCCUCCGAGCUGUGGGUCCUGCUGAAAGUACAGGGUCAUCUGUUGUGACUCUUCUUUCCACCUGAAGAGAGACGAAAACCUUCUCUCAACAUUCACUUAUAACCCAACAAAGGACAAACGAGGAGCGGCUCAAGUUCACACUCUGAUUUUGUGCCAGUAACUCCGUGUAAAUAGGAUUUGUAUGUGGAGAAAAGCUCUUUUAGAAACCCGAGAAGUUUGGCUAAGCCUCUGAUUAAUAUAAAUAUUUCUAUUAUAUUUCAUGAAGGCCUGUAGUUUAUCGGACCAGUAGUCUCGUUCAAAAUGACCACUUUACGUUUGUGAUGUUUAGGAAUUAAAGUAAAAUGUCUGAAUUUUGCUUAAUAAAAUUAUGUAUUUGAAAA